AUGCUGGCUUCAGCACAGGAAGUGCUCCUUUCUCUUCGGGAAGGCGUGGUCGACUUCACCGCCCAGCAAGUUCUACAGCGCUUGGUAACGAUGCUGUUUGCGUUGGGCACCUGUUUUGGAUUUAUUUACGGCUUUGCAACGGAAUCCUUUUAUGACAGCGUUUUAUGCGUGAUGGUGAUGGCUGCUAUUGCCACUGUCAUUUGCGUGCCUUCAUGGCCCCUGUACAAGCGCAACACUAUUGAUUGGGCCCCGCAUGACCCAGAACGCAUAGCAAAGCUGUACGAAGAAGAGAUGGCUCAAGCCAGGUCUUUAAAGGAGGCUGUUUCUGCGUUGCCGAGCAAGAAAAAAGGCCAAGUAAACCCCAAGAAGAGGAGUUGA